AUGUCACGAUGCAAAGGCAUUGCUCAUAUCCUGGAGCAUGAGAAUUUGUCAAUUUCGGGCGGAGACACCCUCGUCAUAACCAUCGACUUCGAACGGCCAGCUAGAGAGCAAACUGAAAGAACGGGUUUCAAAUCUCUGCUUGAGCACCUCCCAGGAUUUUCAGAAUGCAUGAAAAGAAUACAGAUCAAGAUAGUUUGCCGGCUUGCCUAUUACCCAGGAGUCCACGGGCGUACAAAUCGCCUAUAUGCAAUAGACUAUGGAGAGGACACUGACCACGCAACCCAGCUUUUGACAAAGAUGAGAGGUAUCCUCGAUGGAUUCAAUAUUGAAGAGCUAGACGUUGAGUUCCACUUGCCUUGGUAUAAUCAUCGUCAACUUCAUGCUGUGAUUCCAUUUUUUAGCCUGAAAUUCACGGGAUGGACACUACAUUACAUCUCGGGAGUGAGUACCAAUGGUCAAUCUAUAGAAGUAAAGCAAAACGGCAACAAGAUCUUUGAACAUGCCUGGUUGUCCUUUGACGACGAGAACAACACUUUGACUAUUAUACUCAACAGUCAUCCGAGUCCUGGCGCCAUCGAAAGAGAGAGAAGAUUCAUUACAUUGCUCCCACUGUUUGUGGGCUAUGCAAAGAAUAUCGUCAUACACAUUCUACCAAAAUCCCGGGAGCGAGCAUUGAGAGAUAGUGGGUACACGAAUUUUAAACGACUUGCUAGGACCGUGGUUAAGAUAAUCGAUGAAUUCUAUGGUGUUGGUAGUGUCAAGAUAUAUGUUAAGAGCCUUCAAUCUACGUAUUGUUACUUCAGUCGUGCGGCUUGCUUUUACGACUUCAAAUCCACCGAAUGGACGUUUUCUGGAAUUUCGAAAUCUCUCGAGAGGCAGAUCAAAUACCUCUAUGACAAAGGGUUUUGCCACAUGAAUAAGUGGACUAUUACUGAAGAGUGCGUGCUAUGA